AAAUUGAUUGAAAUUUGAUGUUUCACGUGAAUUCAGUAAAAAAAAGUGCCAAAAAAACGUUUGUAUCUCUAAAACUCUCUUGGAUUUUGAAGUUGAUAUAUUUGAUUUGAGAAUUUUAAAAAAAAUUUAAGAUGAUUUCCACGUGUUACAAUCCGUCUUUUCGAUCUAGAAGUUGAUAUUUGAUUUUAUUAGAGUUUGUAAACAAAAUUAAGGAUGAUCUCCACGGGUUACAAACAUCUUUUCAAUUCUAUUUUAAUCGAAUUCAUGCACGUAUUAAUGUUGUUCAAGAACAAUAUUUCUGUACGUAUUUUAUUACAAGAAAGAAGAUGGGUGUGAUAUAAACUCAUCACCUAGAAAACUCAUAAUAGCUCAAUCCUUGCCAUUAACUUCACCAAAAUAAAAAAUAAUAAUAAUAAUAAUCAAAUAAAUAGUGGGAGAAAGAAAUCCGAGGCCUAAUCAACCUAAGAAGGGAAGAAACGACGGGAAAGAGAAAAGGGCAGAAGUACUAGUAAGGUACCGAGCUUUGGUCUUUUGCGCGUGUCCCAUUCUCUUCUCCAUUCUGCCUUAAAAUUAUUGUAAGAAAACCUAAAUUCAUAAAUCUAACAUAUAAGUAUGGAAGAGAAACUAUGGAAUGACAAACGUGAAAGAGAAAUGUAUGAGAAUUUCGCUGAGCUUUUCGCGAUUAUAAAGGCGACCGAGAAACUGGAAAGGGCAUAUGUUCGUGAUGUUCUGUCGCCUGCAGAGUAUGAAACUGAAUGCCAAAAGCUGAUUAACCAGUUCAAAACACUGUCGACAUCAUUGAAAGAUACUGUCCCUAGUAUUGAGCGAUUUCACGACACUUAUAAGAUGGAUUGCCCUGCUGCCCUUAAACGUCUUGUUUCUGGGGUGCCCGCAACAGUUGAACAUCGCAAUGUUCUGUCGGCCACUACUUCUGCUGCCAUAGUUGCAGAAUGUGUCCAGAACUUCAUUACGGCGAUGGACUCCUUGAAGCUGAAUAUGGUUGCAGUUGAUCAGGUACACCCGCUAUUAUCGGAUCUCUCAGCUUCACUCAAUAAACUUUCAAUUCUGCCACAUGAUUUUGAGGGCAAGACCAAGAUGAGAGAGUGGAUAGCAAGGUUGUCGAAGAUGGGUGCUGCGGAUGAGUUGACUGAGCAGCUGGCUCGGCAGCUUCACUUUGACCUGGAGUCUUCUUACAAUUCAUUCAUGGCAGCGUUGCCUACUGCCGGAACUUAGUUUUGACAUAUGCGAAUAUUGUAAAUAAAGUUACCUUUUGCUGCUUACUAACCUCAUUUUGGUUCUAAAAAAAGCCUUAUUAGCUGUCGGGUGUUAUUGAUUGGUGUUCUGAAGCUGGUAUUUUGUAAGGAUGUUUGCUGGGGGUUUUAAGUUUUUUAUUUUUAUUUUUUUUUAAAAAAUAGAGUUAGAAACUUAAAACUUAAUAUUAUGCUUAUUAAUUUUUUCCCAUUUAAAGC